AUGAAUUCUCAAUCAAACCAGCCAUGUCUUCGUGCACGAUUUUUAUCAGCAUUAAAGUUAUCGGACAAGCCCAACAAGGUUGUCGGUAUCUCGUCUUCGAAUUUCAAACGUGCCAAAGCCUAUGAAAUGGCUCAUCCAAAACCGGUGGUGAAACCCACACUGGACCUAAGCGAUCCACUGCUGGUCGCUUUGGCUCGAGCUGCAAACACUUCGACUUCCAACCGAUACGCUGGUCAAAGAUCCACAAAGGUUCCUGUCCGAGUUCCAGCUGGGUUCCCAGUCAACCAGAACUUUAGUCAACGGGUACAUUGCACCUUCGAUGAUCUAAAGGACGAGACGGAAGAAGUUGGUGCGGAUGAAGAUGAAGAUUUGGACCAAUCCGAUCCACUUUUGGCAGCUUUGGCUAGAUCGGCGAACAACGCAACAUCCCGCCGAUAUGCCAGCCAACGAUCGACCAAAGUUCCUAUCCGCGUUCCUGCUGGCUUCCCUGUGAAUCAGAACUUCAGCCAAAACGUGAUUCACACCUUCGAUGAUGUAAAGACCAAGGUGAAAGUUGAGGGACCCAAUGCGGAUGAGGAUGUUAUUUCGUCGUCAAAACACGGAAAGUCAAGGGGCAUUGAAUUUCCAAGAUUAGACAUGCCCGUGUCUCAAAAUGAUUCCAACUUGGUGGACUGGUCAACUUCUACGCCAGUCCGAGUUGCAAGAACAAACAGACACACACUGCCUAGCAGAGGGUCUUCAACCUUCUUCACACCUGGGCUCACCGUCUCCUCUUCUUCGGCCACAUCAAGUGUGGUAUCACCCAUUGGCUCUGCUUCCAAGACGCCAACUUCCAUUUCAUCGGCAAGAAGAGUUGUAUCCUCAACUGGACCAAGUUUGGCCACUCCAAGGUGGUUGAGUAGGAAACAAACUACUCCAACCCCUAAGGAUAGGCUCUAUACAAUCCAUGAGGCUUUACUUUCCCCUUUUGGGUUACCUUCUUCGGCUCCUGAGGCGAUUCACGAAGGUAAAUCACACGCUGAAGUUUUGGCUAGUUUAGGGUUUUUGAAUAAGUUCUAUAGUGAAAUGUGA